AAGGCAGCUUUCAUAUCUCAGGUCAGAGCAGAGACAGAGGACACAACCAGGAGCCCACUGCCUCCAGAAGUCAACAACACUUCAUAGCACUGAACUGAACUCGACAAUGCAGAACCAUACAGAAAUGGAUUAUGAUGAAUACAACUAUAACUAUGAUUACACAAAUGAUUCAGAUAUUCCAUGUACUGAGUCAGACUGGGACUUGUCCUACUCCUUGCUGCCAGUAUUUUACAUGCUGGUGUUUGUCUUGGGACUAUCUGGAAAUGGAGUUGUAAUCUUCACGGUGUGGAAAGCUAAACCCAAAAGAAGAUCUGCUGACACCUACAUAGGUAACCUUGCCCUUGCUGACUUGGCUUUUGUUGUUACCUUGCCUCUGUGGGCUACCUACACUGCUCUUGGCUUCCAUUGGCCUUUUGGUUCUGCCCUGUGCAAGCUUAGCAGUUACCUUGUAUUGCUCAAUAUGUUUUCCAGUGUCUUCUGUCUUACCUGCCUCAGUUUCGACAGAUACUUGGCCAUUGUUCACUCUCUGUCCAGUGCCAACCUGCGCUCCCGUUCAACUAUUAUAAUAUCCCUGACAGUUAUAUGGCUGCUGUCAGGACUGUUGGCACUUCCGAGUCUGAUUCUUCGGGAUACACGUGUUGAAAGCAACCAUACCCUCUGCGACCUGGACUUCAGUGGUGUCUCCAGCAAAGAAAAUGAAAAACUUUGGAUAGGAGGUCUCAGCAUUAUGACCACAGUACCAGGCUUUCUGCUUCCACUGCUCCUCAUGACAGUUUUCUACUGUUUCAUUGGAUGCAAAGUUACCAUGCAUUUCCAAAACCUGAAGAAGGAAGAACAGAAGAAGAAGAGGCUCCUAAAGAUCAUAACCACACUUGUUGUUGUGUUUGCCUUAUGCUGGCUGCCAUUUCAUAUUGUCAAAACCAUCCACUUCCUGGACAUGAUGGGCUACCUGGACCUGUCCUGCACGGCACAGAACCUGAUAGUCAGCCUGCACCCAUAUGCCACAUGUCUGGCCUACAUUAACAGCUGUCUUAACCCUUUUCUUUAUGCCUUUUUUGAUCUCCGAUUCCGUUCCCAGUGUCUUUUUUUUUUUGGACUAAGCAAAACCCUGCAUGGACAAAUCAGUAACACCUCCUCCAGCCUGAGUGCCCAAACACAGAAAUCUGAAAUUCACUCUUUAGCAACUAAGGUUUAAUGGGGAAAUGGACGUGUGAUAGACAAGGAGGGAAAGACGCUGCGCUUCAGUCUGUGAGCCUAAUUGAACUUUAUCUCUCAGUACUGGGAGCACUGCUGAUAAUAGAGAAAACCACUGUAUCUUACACUGGAGCCUGAAAGACUUUAUUGGUGACUGUCUGCUUGGAAAAUAGCAGUACUGUCUCCAGGUCAUCAAAGACUUGCUCAAUCUCUCUCUGUGUUACAGGCGAGCUGGCUGGAUGGAGCAAGAUAUGUUAUCUUGUUAGGACAGUUAUAUAUGUAAAUAACACUUCUUUGGUGACAGAAGCAGUAUCCGACUGGUCAUCACAUACUACAAUAUUUAGUGACUUUAUUUCAAAGACUGUAUAUAUGUGACAUGUUAUAGCACUUCCAUAUAGAGCUUUUAUCUAACACACUUAUUAAGAGCAAUUGUUUUCCAAGAGUUUUACUGAUAAUAUUCUGCAAUGUCUUCCAAUGUUGCACCCACUCAAAAUGUGAAUAUGGGGGUCUGUGAUGGGUUCAUUUACAACUCUAACCCUUUAGUGCAAAUGAAAGCAGCAAUUCCUUGCAGCGCAAUGCAUUGCUGUUCUCAUCACUCAUGUGAAGUGUGUUGGUCUUGGAUAUGUAUGUAUGUAAAUAAGUAAUUAUAACAUAUCCCCUUGGAGAGGGGCAUCCUUUGAUAUGUUUGGUAUACUUUUGUAAAAUGUUGCAAUAAAGUUCCUGA